AUGGCGAAAGACAAAUGCGCUCCGUCCAACCUGAUGUGGCUGGAGCACCAGGCAACACGAUUGAGCCCAGAGCCGCGGCCUGAUGGCAAGACGUUCUUGGAGUCUGAUCCACCCGAGCUGCCCGAGCUCGCACAGGUGUUGCAUCAUCUAGUUACCCCCGAUGUCAUACAAGCCUUAGAUGCAGUGGUUGCACGGGCGGACGCUUCUGGCCAACUUGAGAGCCUCACCUUUCGCGAGUUGCGCAACCAAAUUGAACAUGAGCUUGACAUGGAGAAAGAUGCUUUGCAUGAAGCCAAGAAUUGCGUGAAGCAGUUGAUCGAAGAGAGGCUCAUGGGCAUGGGAACACAACCUCAAGCUUCUCAAGCACCAGACCCCGAGAAUCCAAGAGAGCAUCCAUCUUCCCAGACAGUGGGCAGCCCAGUUUCUGCGCCACAUGCUACUGAGGAUGCAACGCUGGCGCAGGUGCUCAUUGUGGAGCAAGUUGACAAGGUAUUUUUGUUCUCUCCGAACAUUCCCGUUCUGUUUGGAGGAGAAGCAUCCUCACGAAAAUCAUCUUUGAGCCGGUACACGAAAGAACUCGUGACAGGAUCUCGAUGGGCACCGGAAUGGCUCAAAGAAGUCUUUUUGACAGAAGCUACACUCAAAGGCAUCAGAGGUUCCAUCAAGAAAUAUGGCAGAGUCUCUGCCACGGGAGACGAGCUUGCCUGUAUGAUGGCCACUCCGUGGAGUGACAUGGCCUCCGGAGUUCACUUUCUAUCCCGAGCAAAGAUGAACACCUUUACCCAGUGUGAGCCGGAUUCAGUGUUAACCGGAAGCGGCGGAGAGCAUUUGAUUGACUAUGCCAUGCAGCUGAAAGCAUUUGGACAGAUAGAAGUGCUGGAAUGGGUGGCCAGUUGCAGCCUCAAUUUUGCUUUCAAAUUUCUUGAGGCUUUGAUUGCCUUCAUU